AUGUACGACAUUCUGUCCUUGUCACUUGUCCGUGCAUACCGAAGGUUAUCUAAGAAGUACCACCCUGACAAGAACCCCGGCGACGAUACCGCCAAGGACAAGUUCGUCGAAGUCUCCGAAGCUUACGAAGCCCUCAUCGACCCCCAGUCUCGCAAGAUCUACGAUCAGUAUGGCCACGAGGGUCUGAAGCAAAGACAGCAAGGCGGCGGCGGCGGCCAUCACGACCCAUUCGACCUUUUCAGCAGGUUCUUCGGUGGAGGCGGUCACUUCGGCGGCCAUGGCGUGCGGCGCGGCCCCAACGUCGAGGUCAAGAUCGGCAUCUCCCUGCGCGACUUCUACAACGGCCGGACGACCGAGUUCCAGUGGGAGAAGCAACACAUCUGCGAGGAGUGCAGCGGCACGGGCUCGGCCGACGGCGUCGUCGACACCUGCGGGCACUGCGGCGGGCACGGCGUGCGGAUCACGAAGCACCAGCUCGCGCCGGGCAUGUUCCAGCAGGUCCAGUCGCAGUGCGACCAGUGCGGCGGCCGGGGCAAGGUCAUCAAGCACAGGUGUCCCGUGUGCAACGGCGCCCGCGUCGUGCGGAAUCCUACGACCGUGCAGCUCAACGUCGCCCGUGGCGCGGCCAGGGACUCGCGGCUAGUCUACGAGAACGAGGCGGACGCGAGCCCCGACUACGAGGCUGGCGACUUGAUCGUCAUGCUGACCGAGAAGGAGCCGGACUUGGAGCAGGAGAACCCCGACCGGGUCGAUGGGGUCUUCUUCAGGAGGAAGGACGACGAUCUUUUCUGGAGGGAGGUCAUUAGCUUGCGCGAGGCGUGGAUGGGCGACUGGGAGAGGAACAUCACCCACCUCGACGGCCACGUCGUCAAGAUCGGCCGCAAGCGGGGCGAGGUCAUCCAGCCCGGCCACGUGGAGAGGGUGCAGGGCGAGGGUAUGCCCAAAUGGCACGAGGACGGCGACAGCGUCUACCACCAGACCGAGUUUGGCAACCUGUACGUCGAGUAUGUGGUGGUUCUGCCCGACCAGAUGGAGAGCGGCAUGGAAAAGGAGUUCUGGUCGAUCUGGGAGAAAUGGAGGAAGAAGCAGGGCGUGGACUUGCAUGCUGACAGCGGAAGGCCGGAUAAGGUCGUGGUCCAGGAGGAUGCGCAUCCACAUGAGGAGUUAUAG